AUGGCAGAAAAAACACUUGCCUCAAACCCGGUGACCUCCAGCUCACCAGAAGCUGGAGAUGACCAGAAGCAGCCCAAGGACAUCAACCAUGUCGAACGGGUGUUGUCUGAUGGGCUCAAAAAAGAUGAGGCCGACUACUCUCGGAUGGACAAGGAUCUCCAGGAAUAUGUGGCUCGCGGACAGGUCGAUGUCGAUGAAGCUACGAGCAAGCGUUUGAAGCGCAUGAUCGAUCGCCGCGUGCUGAUCAUCAUGAUCUUAACGUAUUUCCUCCAGGCUCUGGAUAAGGGUACCUUGUCUUUUGCCUCGAUCAUGGGCAUCCGCACCGAUCUGCAUUUACAGAACGGCCAGAAGUACUCCUGGCUCACCACCUGUAUCUACAUCGCUGUCUUGAUCGUCGAAUACCCGACCAACUGGAUUAUCCAACGUGUUCCUAUUGCCAAGUACCUGGGCAUCAACAUUUGUCUCUGGGGUUCUGUGCUGGCUCUGCAUGCGGCUAGCAAGAAUUUCACGCACAUGGUCGUGCUGCGGACCCUGCUGGGUAUCUUUGAGGCCUGCUGCCAGCCAACCUUCGUCUUGCUGUCCAGUAUGUGGUACAAGAGAGAGGAGCAGGCGGCGACCGUAACCUACUGGUACAUGAUGAACGGUGGUCAGCAGAUCGUCGGCGGUCUACUCGCGUACUGCUUCAGUCUGAUCGGCAAGGACAAGGCCAUCCACUCGUGGCAGGCUCUUUUCAUCACCUACGGCGUUAUCUCCGUGCUGUGGGGUCUCUUCGUUAUCUUCUGGAUGCCCGACUCGCCUAUGCGCGCCAAGUGUUUCAGCGAGGAGGACAAGCACCUGAUGGUUGAACGAGUCCGUGCCAACCAGACUGGUAUGCAGAACAAGAAGUUCCGCGCCUACCAAAUGUGGGAGGCCUUCCGCGAUCCCCAGAUGUACUGCUACUGCGCCAUUCAGAUCUUCACCACCCUGCCAACCAGCGGUCUGGGUGCGUUCGCCAACAUCAUCAUCAGCGGCUUCAAUUUCACCGUGCUGCAGACGCAGCUUCUCGCCAUGGUCCUGGGUUUCUAUAUCAUUAUCGUCCUCCUGGGCUCCGCCUGGCUGGUCAAGAAGACCGGACAGAACCUGUUCGUCAUGCUGGGUUUUGUCAUCCCCGCCCCAUCCACUGACAUCCAUGACCCCAGAUCCUACAUCGGAACCAUCGUCCUCAUGACCGUCGAGAACAAGAACUUGGGCACCAAGGUCGGCCUGUUAAUCAGCUACUACAUCACCCUCUCCUUCUGGUCCGCCCAGACCCUGUGUCUCUCCAUGGUCUCCCGCAACAUCGCGGGCGCCACCAAGAAAUCCACCGUCGUCGCAGCCACCUUCGUCUCCUGGGCCGUCGGCAACUCCAUCGGCCCUCAAGUCUUCCUCGACAGAGACGCCCCCCGCUAUUUCAUCGCUUUCGGCGUCCACCUGGGCUGCUACGUCUGCCUGACCCUCGCCAUCAUCUUCCUGCGCUUCUGGCUCGCCCUCCAGAACAAGAAAAAGGCCCGUGUGCUGGAAGAGAAUGGCCUGUCCGCGGCGGAUAACAACCUCACCCAUGCCUUUGAGGACCGCACGGACCAGGAGAAUUUGCAUUUCCGUAUACAGCCGCGGCUUGAAAUUACCGCUUCGGUUCAGAUCAUAUUCCACGAACACCUCGGUGCAAGUCAUAACGAUCAUAUACGCGGGAACUUGCAAGAGGGUGCUCAGGAGAACUGGCACAACGCUCAUGUCCACCACACGCAGAUUCUCGAGGCCGAGCACGCGGAAUCGGCUGUCCACGGCCGCGUCCGCGUCACCGGGCUGCCCAUCUUGUGCCAGACCGAACUAACUCCUGAUUCGAGAGCGCUUGAGUAG